AUGUCGAAUUCUGGGCCAUCGUCGCCGCCGCGUCGGCUGGAGGACAUGGACCCUGACUACAUCAAGGAAUCCAACUUUGGCGACAUGAUGGCCGUAAAUGGCGUCGUGCACGGUAUCGCCAUGCUUGUUUUCAUCCUUCGAAUCUACACGCGCGGCUUCAUGAUCAAAUCGUUUGGCUACGACGAUGCGAUGAUGAUCCUCGCCUGGGCCUUCCUCUUCUGCGGCGGUAUGGUAGCACAGAUCUACGCCGGAUAUAACGGGGCUCUCGGCCGCCACAAAGACGCGGUCAUGGCCACAGAUCCUUCCUUGAUGGAAGUGUACGGCAAGAUGUCUUUCGUCCAAGGCAUCUGCGUGACAGUGACGGCCAACUGCUUGCUGAAGCUGUCCAUCGGCAUGUCCCUCUUACGUCUCAACUCCAACAAAUGGUAUAGACGGAUUGUUUGGGGCCUCAUCCUCUUUGUGAUUUGCUACUUGAUCGAGGGCAUCGCCACCGUCAUGUCGUACUGCGAUUCGCUCGAGGCGCAUUGGGACCCCAAGGUGAGGGAGACGGCAAAAUGCUACUCGGAGGACCUGCGCAACACUUUUGGCACCAUGAACACCGCGUUCAAUGUUUUUACCGACGUCAUGUUCGCCAGCGUGCCAGUCCCCAUGCUGUGGACUCUUCAGACCAAGCUCAAAGUGCGCCUGUACUUGAUCGGUAUUUUCAGCUUGGGUUAUCUCACCGUCGCCGUCGGCUUGGUCAAGAUGUUCUACCAGCUUACAGGUCGUGACGACCCAGACAAGACGUUCAACAACAGGGUCCAAUUCUAUGGACUUCUCCAACUCAACGUCGGCAUCCUCACCGCGUGCGCCCCGAUGAUCAAACCACUUGUCGCGAAAACACUCGGAAUCCAGUCCUCGUCCGCCGUCUCCACGGCGCCCGUCUACGCCAGCAGCAGGAGCAGGCAAAGGCCCAACCCCGCGGGCUACGUCCGCGAGGACGGCGACCACGCCUUCGAGCUCGCCAAGUACGACGACGGACAGUAUCACACAACCACCAUCAGGGGGGGAGGAGGCGGCAGCGAUGCCAACAAAAACACCAUCAUCACGUCAUUGCAUAUCGGUGAUGACUUUCUGCUCAUCGCCUCUGCGAAAUGGUGCGUCUACAAAUUUGAUCUGGCGUUGGAAUCUGUCGAGGUGCUGGCAGAGGUGCACAGCGAGUACUCGGGCAGCCUCGCACACGAUCCGAGCUCAUGA